UACUGCCCUGACAAGACGCACGAGGCUGGCGGAUGUAAACAAACCCAGGAGGAAUAGUUUGAUUAAGCUGCGAAAAGUCAUUCGGUUUUUGCCAGAUUUCAGUCAAACACAGAAAAUCAAACUUACAGGUUAUAGAGUUAAGGAUCCCUGUUGUUGAGUGAACGGAUGUUAAAUAAUCGAAAGGCAAGAUUGUUUUUGGCCGGAUAUAGCGUUAGCCGACCUGGCUAGGUUAGCUAGCACGCUAUGAUCAACGGUUCGUCCAGGCUCUCUGAAAGGCGGCCGUGUUGACUUCGUGUCAUUGAAGUUGAAGUCUGCGGUGGAUAAAUUUCCGACAGCAAGCCUGUGGCGACGGUGGCAAGGAAAAACUCCCUCAGACGACAUGAGGAAGAAACCUCGAGAGGAACCAGACUCUAAAGGGAACCCAUCCUCAUUUGGGCAACAACAGACAGCAUGACUAUAACAUUAACAGUUUUAACAUGAAGUCAGUUUCGUUGAUGUUAUAAACUCUUCACUGAUGGAAACUUGAGUGAAAACUGUUCAUGACAACUGCAGUCCUCAGCCAUAAAAGCGUUACUGUAAGCAUUCAGAGCGUCCUCAGAGUGUGACUUUCAACUGUCCUCAUGGGGCCGUCCUCCACAGGAGCGAUGCGAUGAGACUCCAACCAGACACAGGGCACCAGGAUGGAUCAGGCAGGUCUGAGGAGCAGAAGAGGUCAGCAUCUCGAUUCCAGGACCGACAUGUAAUGGGGGGGGAAACAGGUUGUUAGGUAUGCCCAAUGUCACCUGAAUAAGUAGGAACAGUAUACAUUUUGCACUGAAUACAAGCAGGAACUCCGGCAAAACUAUGACAGCAUAACUAAAAGGGGAGAGCCAGAAGGUAACACAGGCAUGAGGGAGCCCCGGGACAUAAAGCAGCCAGCCACUACACCGUCAACAAACUCGAGUGAGCAAGCGAGUGGGGACUGACAGCAUCCAUACAUCCCAGUUUACCAAAACACUCUGUCUGAGGACCCUCCAGAGCUACUCCUUUACCUCAUAAACACCAUUAACAGAAGGCUUGACUAAACAGAUAUGUUUUCAGCCGAGACUUAAACACUGAGACUGUGUCUGAUUCCCGAACACUACUUGGAAGGCUGUUCCAUAACUGUGGGGCUUUGUAAGAAAAGGCUCUGCCCCUUGAUGUAGCCUUCACUAUACGAGAUCUGGGUCUUGUUCUGUGCUCACUAGCCUCAAUUCCCAAUGGCUGAGCACAGACCUUGUGUCCAGCUGAACACCGGAGCUCAGAUGCCACUGCUGGGUUUGGGCACGUUCCGUUUGCGAGGCCCUGAGGAACUCUAUCGGACUGUGGAUGCUGCCUUAACUGCAGGUUACCGUGCUUUCGAUACAGCAGCAGUGUACCGCAAUGAAGCAGACAUUGGCCAGGCCCUUUGCACCCUGUUACCUAAACAUGGGCUUUCCAGAGCUGAUGUGUUCAUAACGACUAAACUAAGUCCCAGGGACCAGGCUUCCAAAGCGAGGGAUGGCUGUUUGAGAAGCCUGGAGCAGCUGGGCUUAGAUUAUAUUGACCUGUUUCUCAUUCACUGGCCUGGUACACAGGGGUUGGAUGUAAGGGAUGAGAGAAACCCAGACAAUCGAGCUCAAAGUUGGGCAACCUUGGAGGAGUUCCAUGCAGAGGGAAAGUUCCGUGCCAUCGGAGUGUCGAACUACACAGUGAAGCACAUGCAGGAGCUGCUGAAGAGCUGCACAGUUGUUCCAGCUGUUCUCCAGGUAGAGUUCCACCCCAAGUUGGCUCAGAGGGAGCUAAGGGCAUUAUGUGAGAAAAGUGGAGUGUGUUUCCAAGCGUACUCCUCCCUGGGGACGGGCGUCCUCCUGUCUGAUCCUCUGGUUCGAGAGAUGGCAGAAAGUUAUGGAAAAACUCCGGCUCAGGUGCUCCUGAGGUGGGCUGUGCAGCAAAACGUACCAGUGUUGCCCAAAUCAUGCCAGCCCAACCGGGUGCAGGAGAACGGGUGCCUGUUUGACUUUGAGCUCAGUGACAAUGACAUGGCAAAGCUUUCUGCUCUGGACUGCAGGGAGAAGUUCUGUUGGGACCCUUCACUGGUACUCUAGACCAGAGACAUUAUCAGAGAGGAGACACAUCACUGAAACAAUCCUGAAUAGCAAUUCAUGGCAAAAUUCUGUAACGCUAAAGAUGGCGGUUGUCUUGACUACCUUUAGUGUCAAAUCUAGAACAAUGUCAGCUUUGUCAGACUUCCAGAUGCUGGUUUAGUCAAAUGGUUGUUGAUUAAAACAUUACUUCAUGAGAUUGUUACUGGUGAAAUUGAACAUGAACUAAAUUUAGUUUUCUUUAUAUAACAAUAAAGGAGAUUCAUGAUUAAAUGUAAAUCAAGAAAUUAAGUAUCGGGCUCCCUAAAAGCCACACACUAUUUUAUUUCAUUUCAUUUCAUUUCUACUAGUUUACUGUUUCAGAACCUCACUGGGAGAUCUUAAUAACUUAUGACACUGAUUACAGUAUAUUUAUACAGGGGGCUACAAAAGUAGGUACACAGUAGGGUGCAUCAGCUGCCCCCUAAAAAUGAAAAGUUCCUCCGAUCAUGAUGCAUUUUUGUUUUUAUGUUCCUUUUGGUAAGAAAACACACUGGGUGAAAUAUUUUGACAAAAUUCAAAAGUUUAAUGGCGGCACCAGGAGCUCAAAGUUAUGGAAAAAGCUGCUAUUUUAUGACUUUUAUGGCAAAAUUUCGAUCACUUUUCAUCAAACAUUAUGGCACCUUAUAGAGUAUACCAAAUAUCUUAGAUACACAUUUUUAGUACAUAUUCUAAAUAUAUUAUCAAGCACAGUUUGAGUUUUAGCUGUUCAUUGAAUCAUUGUUCAACUACUUUUAAACAAUACAAAUGUAUUAUGAAUCACAUUAAUGCUUCUCAAUCCCUUGCAAAGGUUCUUAACAUGAUCUCUGGCUCACAAGAAAUCAAUAAAUGGAGUCCAACAUUGUGAUUCAAACCUUACGCGAAAACAUUAAGCGUUUUUUGGCAAAAAAUGAACCUCAUGGUGCCACCAUUAGACUUUUGAAUAUGGUCAAAAAAUUUUACAGGAUGUCUUUAUUGGUGAAAAGGAACACCCGAACAAAAAUGCAUCAGAUUUUAUGAAAGUGAGGGCAACUGAUGCACCCUAAUACACAGUAAUGAAAAAUGGUUUUAUACCCUUCUCCUGACUGAUACCUUUCAACAGUGAGAUCCCUCUGACGCUUUGUAAGCUCUCUGUGAACCCUGGCUUUUGCUGGAGGAUGGAACUGAGUAAAUGUCUGAACUUUAUUUGGGGUUAAUCAGAGUCCUUUUAAUUGAUGGCUGAAAAGACUGAAUGCUGUAAUUAAAUCAAAAGGUGCGUCAACAAAGUAUUAGUCUAAGGGUGUGCACACUUAUGCAACCAGCUUAUUGUAUGUUUUUGAUUUUUUAUGUUUUUCCCCCUAACCGAUUUGUUUGUUUUUCAGUUGAAUUGUACGGGUUAUAGCUCACAUUAAAGGUGGGAAAAGUUUUGAAAUUA